AUGCCGCCACCACCGCCGCCAUCAUCGUUGUUGUUGUUGUUGUGGAAGAUCUCCAGCCUGUUUGCACUGUUUCUUUUGCAAUUGACCAUUAGUCCUCCUUGUCGUUUGGCCGCUCCAUGCAGUUGUGAGCAAGAUCGACGAGAGAGUAGAUUUAAUGAGUUGGAAGAACAUAUUGGUGCAAUGAUCCAGAAAAUAAAGCUAACCAACACCUGCAGCCUGCAUAGUUAUCACGGACGCAAUGAGCUACGUAAGGUUCGCUUAAGCAUUGCAGCGAAACUGAACGGAGGGGGAGGAGGCGAAGGAGGGGGAGGAGGCGAAGGAGGGGGAGGAGGCGAAGGAGGGGGAGGAGGCGAAGGAGGGGGAGGAGGCGAAGGAGGGGGAGUAGGGGGAGGAGGCGAAGGAGGAGGAGCAGGCGAAGGAGGAGGAGGAGGAGGAGGAGGAGCAGGCGAAGGAGGAGGAGCAGGCGAAGGAGGAGGAGCAGGCGAAGGAGGAGGAGCAGGCGAAGGAGGAGGAGCAGGCGAAGGAGGAGGAGCAGGCGAAGGAGGAGGAGCAGGCGAAGGAGGAGGAGCAGGCGAAGGAGGAGGAGCAGGCGAAGGAGGAGGAGCAGGCGGAGAAGGAGGAGGCGAAGGAGGAGGAUGCAGAGGAGGCGGAGGAGCAGGCGAAGGAGGAGGCGGAGGAUGA